UCUGCUGGCAGGGCGUCUCUGUGUGUGGGUGAGCUUUCUGUUGGCCAUUACCUAAGCGGAUUUGUGGCUUGGUAAAUGAUGAUGCCUGCUCACGGCUAGACGGAUUGGACCGCAUACAAAUUCAUAGAACGCCCAGCAAACGGAUACGGAUACGGAUACGGAUACGGAUACACGGAUCUUCUUCUUCGGCCAAAAGCAGCUUUCAGAGGGAUGGCAACACCCAAAGGGAGGGACAGAGAUACGGAGUACAUGGCAACGCCGACAGGAAUAACGAGUGUGGGCGUGGGUGUGGGUGUUCGCCGACCCACUGCCCGGGCCACUGCUGGCAUCCAGCGACGGCGAGUGGUCAAAAAGCACAUCCAACAGAAGUACAUGCUCUGCGGCUUUGCCAUCCACGCCUUUCUGGCAACGCCCGCAUACCUGUAUGGCAACGUUGUGGAGUCGGACAAGGAUCUGGUGCUGCGUAUAUGGCCCGCGAUCGUCUACCAGGCCACGGGCGAGCUCUGCCGCUCGAUCAUGGAGCAUCUGGACACAGAGUAUGGGGGUCGCUCCAGGGAGACGACACAGUACCGGAGGGUUUUCCUGCUGGCCACCCUCAUCGCCUGCUUGUCGCUGAUGGUCAGCGGCAUACUGUUCUCUUCCGCCUGGAUAGUGGUCACCACCACCACGCAGGCGGUGGCCAUAAUCUUCUAUGGAUGCUUUGCAGGCAUUGGCUCCAGCCUGUAUCUGUGGAAGACCCAUGUCAUACUGGAGGCAGUGCGUCCGCGGGAGGACAAAUACGUGCGCAAAACGAUUCACCUGUGCGGCGAGGCCUUUUGCCAACUCUUCCUCUCGUUCGUCUUCACCAGCCUGCGCACCCUCUAUGGCACCGCCCAGUCCAUCGUCCUGAUGUCCGCCCUGCUGGUGAACCUCAUCCCCCUCAGCCUGAUCAUCACCAAGCACCGGGAGGAUGCUUUCACAACCAAACGAAUAUCGGUGAUCAAGGCGGAGACGGGGUUUGCCGCCCUGCCGCUGCGAGCGGCGUUGGCCGCCAACCUGGUGGCCGACCAGAUGGACGGCCUGGAGACGCUCUCCUGGCGAAAUCCUGCCACCGAGAUGGUCGCCAUGGUGGGGGGGCCCACGCCCGGGGCCGCUGUGGUGGCCGCCGCCGUCGUCGACACGCAUAGCAACUAUAUGCUAGCCACGGACGAGGCGUAUGUCACGUACGUGAAUCCCAAUGGCGUGGAAAUCAUGGAGAUCAUACCCGAGGAGGAUGAGACGGUGUCCAUGAUGCGCUCCAGCAAUGCCACCAUCGACAACUAUGGGAUGUCCGUGUCCCAGAUGUCACACAAGUCCCUCUCCAACGGCCGCCUCUAUCCGCCGCAGUCUCCGCUCAAUCCCCACCCGGGCACGGGCACGGGCAACUCCUCUCCGCUGCCACCAAAUCAUGCCAAUUUGCAUCGCAUUCGUCGAAUGUCGCGGGCUGUGACCUCGCACCUGUGGUGGAAUCUGCUGGACAAGAUCGCCAUGCCGCUGCAGCAGGCGCUGCUCGUGCCGCAGCUGUAUGCCACCACCCUGCUCCUGUCCGCCGACAUCUUCAGCUAUGUGAUGUGCCUGACCGUGUUGCCUGGACUGGCGGUGACCCAUCAUGCGCUCAAGAAUGCCGAAAUUCCAUUCUUGUUCUCGCUGCUGGCCUUCCCCUGGAUGUGCUUCUCGCUGAUGACGCCGCGCUUCGGGACGAGCCUCUACAAGCACAAGCUCCAGUGGCACACCAUGGGCAGCAUCUGCAAAUGCCUGGCCCUGACCUUCAUCAGCUUCUCCACGUCCAAGCUGCUGCUGAGCGUCUCGGCUGUACUGCUGGGCUUUGGCCAGGUGGUCACCGCCUUUCUGCAGGAGCUUGUCUUCCAGAUGGGGAUGACGCGGGCCAAUUGGACCGCCAUCCGGCGGCCAGUGCACUUCACCAACGGCCUACUGAUCCUCGUCUGGGGCGCUAUGGCCCACUGGGUGGUCGUGCGGUACUCCUUCCAGGCCACAGUGGGCCUCGCCGGGGCCCUCUAUGGUGCCACAACGCUGCUCUGGAACUUUCUUUUCUUCUGCUGCCAGGGCAGCGAUUAAGUCCGGACCGGUCCGGUCCGGUCCGGUCCUCCUCAUCCUCCUCCUCCACCUACUUCGCGUCCGUAUCUCUUGGAGUUGUCGUUGUUCUCGUGCUUUCGGUUGUAGCUCGUUGGUGAUAUUACAAAAUAAAGAAAUUAACU